UGGCACGUAAACAGUUCACUUCCUGUAUUAUGUGCUCUGUGUUGACAACUGCCGAGGAUUGACUUAGGCUACGUAUACUAAACGACCCGGACUUUUUAGCACCUGUCAUUCAGCCCUCAGGCCGGGGCCGCUGUGUGGUAAAGGAAGAGGUGGUCUUACAUGAGGAACCGGCUGUGGUGAAGAGCUCCGCGGCCCGACAGGAGACAUGACGGCCGGGCUGCUCGUGGUAGUGGUCGGGGGGCUGCUGGAAGUCUGCGCCGGUGUGUCCGCUAACCGAGGGGGCUAUCCCUCCUUUACGGACGAGAUUCCGUUUAAAAUCACCUGGCCAGACGCUGACUUCACACUGCCAACGUCAGGGCCCCUUUAUAAUGAGGACGACUUUGUUAUCAUGAUGACAACAGAGAAGGAGAAGUACAAGUGUAUGCUGCCUUCACUGACAACCGGAGACGAGGAUGGUGAUAAGGAGUACAGAGGUCCGACUCCUGCUGACCUCCUGGGGCCACUGUUCAAACGCAGCAGCUGCUCCUACAGGAUUGAGUUGUACUGGACGUAUGAAUUAUGUCACGGGAAGCAUGUACGACAGUAUCAUGAAGAAAAAGAGACGGGGCAGAAGAUCAGCGUUCAAGAAUACUUCCUGGGGAAUAUGGCACAGAAAAGUGAGCAGACGGAGACGGAUAAAGAAGAAGAGGCACCAAAGACCAAAUCAACCACUGAGUCAGAAGUGCACACUAAGAACAUAGAAGGUCAACUCACUCCCUACUAUUCAGUGGAAAUGGGAAACGGAACUCCGUGUGUGCUUAAACAGAACCAGCCUCGCUCCACGUCUGUCCUGUACGUGUGUCACCCAGAGGCCAAGCAUGAGAUCUUGUCAGUGGCUGAAGUAACGACCUGUGAAUAUGAGGUGGUGGUGUUGACGCCACUUCUAUGUGCUCACCCGAAGUACAGAUUUAAGUCGUCCCCAGUGAACGCCAUCUUCUGCCAGGCUCUGGCGGGCUCCCCACUGCGACCGCAGCGUCUUGCCCAGUUGGACAAGGAGCAGGAGGAGCAGCUGAAGCCACCGUUUAGCAGCUCUACCUUUGAGAGCAGAGAGGAGGAGGCUGCACCUGUGAGAGAGGAGUCUUUCACCUCCACUCACAAACCCAUAACAGUUGGAGGUCAGUCUCAGGUCACCGUGGGCACCACCCACAUCUCCCGCUUGACUGACGACCAACUGAUCAAGGAGUUCCUCAGCGGCUCCUACUGUCUGCACGGGGGAGUAGGCUGGUGGAAAUACGAGUUCUGUUACGGCAGGCAUGUCUACCAGUACCAUGAGGACAAAGAGCAAGGAAAGAACAUUGUGGUGGUGGGCAGCUGGAACGCUGAGGAGCACAUGGAGUGGGCGAAGAAGAACGUUGCCAGAUCGUACCAGUUCAAGGACGACGGGGUGCAGAAAGUCAAGUUGGUUUCUCACUUUUAUGGCCACGGAGACAUUUGUGAUUUGACAGGGAAGCCCCGACAAGUCAUUGUCAAGCUGAAAUGUAAAGAGUCUGAGUCUCCACACGCUGUCACUGUCUACAUGCUGGAGCCUCAGACUUGUCAGUACAUCCUUGGGGUGGAGUCUCCAGUCAUUUGCAGCAUACUCGACACUGCUGAUGAACAUGGACUUCUGUCACUCUCUCGCUAAAAUGAUCAAGGUCAUGUGACUGCAGCAAUGCAUGAAGGACAGUCAAAGAAAGAAGGAAAGCCUAUGGACAAUUAACCCAGAAGCCUAACUACUGAAGAGAGAGAGAGAGAGAGAGAGAGAUGCCCAUGGAACUGCGCUACAUGCCAAAAUCUCCACCAUCCAGAAUGAAUUUGAUCCCAGCAAAGGUUUAUGUAGCAACAUGCCCUGACCUGUGCACCAGAUAAUGCUACAUUAUGACAUCGCCAUCUCAGACUCCAUACAAGGAGAUUUAUCACCUGUCCUUAAAACAACUAUGCCUCUGUUUAGGUUUUUAAAAAAAUCAGCUAAGUAAAACAUAAAUCAGGGGAUUUGUGAUCAUCAGGGGAAGCUAAUAUUGUUCACUGUCUCUCAAAUUGUGUGUGUGUGUGAGUGAGUGUUUGAUUGCGUGCGAGUGUGAUACAAAUGUUUAGAGGUUUGACUGUGUAUUAUGGUUUUUGUUCAGUUCUACCAAGGCAGGUCUUGAUGUUUUUUUUCUUUUGUUCUGCAGUGUAAAUAUGUGAUGUGUUAAAUUGUAAGGGCGAGUUACAAAAAAAAAACCUUUCAUAUCAGUUUGUAGGAUGUACAGAAUGUAAAAUACAAGUGUAUGUAUAUCUAUGUGUGUGUGUGUGUAAUUCAAAACUGCACUCGGGGAAACCGAUCACUGCUGUAUUACAUGAUGGGAUGAAAACCAAUGCAUUGUGAGGAAAAGAAUAAAACAAAGAGAUUAAACUGA